CCGCUGCUACUUUCACUUCUUCGCCCAUCUCCGAUCACCCAAGAGCCGACUCGAACAUCCUAUUUGUUGUCUUCUUUGCUCUCCAUUACUCCAUCGUCGUCUCCUCGCCACAUAUCUGCACUUUUCUCCGUCGCGUCAUCAACAACAAAACAUCGAAACAACCCGCCGUCGAAAGCCCAUCGCAUACUAUCACCCCGUACCUUGAUAGCUAUCCAAUACAUCAUAAACUCGUCAAUCAGUCACCAUGUCUGGAAAACUUGACACAUCUCUUGAUGAAAUCAUCAAUACCACCCGUGCUUCGCGCCGCCAGCGUCGCCGUGACUCCAGAUCCACAAGAGGCAAAGCUGCCUCAGCUCCUGUUGGAGGUGUCAGAAAGCCGGCCCGCCAAGCCAAGGCUGCUGCAAAAGCCAUCCCUACUGCACCGUCCACAGGAACGGGCGAGAGCAAAAUCAUCGUGAGCGGCUUGCCCUCCGAUGUCAAUGAAGCGAAUAUCAAGGAAUACUUCCACCAAUCCGCUGGACCGGUUAAAAAGGUCAUGGUCACUUACAACCAGAAUGGCACUAGCCGUGGUAUUGCCUCGAUUACUUUUGCUCGCCCAGACACCGCUGCCAAAGCUGCCAAGGAGCUCAAUGGCUUAUUGAUUGACAAACGCCCGAUCAAGAUUGAAGUUGUAGUCGACGCUGCCCGGGCUCCCCCGGUUCCUCCCGUCAAGCCACUCGGUGAACGUGUUGUCCUCCCAAAGGCCCAGCCUAAGCCUGUAUCCGCUGCAAAGUCCGGCAGACGUGAUCCCCGCGGACGUACACGACGUGGUCGUAACGCCAAUCGCCCGAAGCCAAAAACUGCCGCCGAGUUGGAUGCUGAGAUGGCGGAUUAUUUCGAGGCCUCUGAGGCCGCCGGUGCGCCAACAAAUGGAACUGCCCAGCCGGCAGCGAACAAUGAAGAUAUGGGCAUGGAUGAGAUUUCUUAAAUCCAGUUCAGUUAACGGUCGACGGAGAAGAACGCGCAUUUGUACUUUUACUUUCUCGGUCGGCGACUCGCCAGUUCAAUGACUCGCUCUUUCGUGAACUCCGAACCUCUUCACGUUUUCCGCAAGAGGAGUCGUUGAUCUACGGCAUCAACAAGCGACUUUCCUUUCUUCCUUUACCCUUCCAGAUUGUUUAAUCGUUUCUUGCAACCUUUAAUUCAAUGGCUAUGCUGGGCGUUUGGAUUUCAAGAAUGGUUUCUUUACUAUUAGUGAUAUAACAUUCAAAAAAAAAAUAUUCCCAGUUGCAGAUUGUCAGAGCCUUUGUGCGAAGUGCACUUCUCUUGUGAUCGAAGGGUCGGACGGUCGGGGAGCUGGUAGAUCGGGGGCCUUUGGGGGGACUUUCGCAUUCAGUUUCUUAUUUCCUUUGUAGCGUGAGCGUAGCAUGGGGCUCAAUUCUAGGUAAAUUAGGCGUUUCGGACGGACCUUUGCUUAUUGAGUAGUGUCAUCUGGAUUAUUUUAUGUUCUCA